AACGGGCUGGCGGCCGAGCCGGGCCGGGCCGGGCCCCAAGGCGCGGGCUCGCUGCGCCGCAACUCGCUGACCGGAGAGGAGGGCGAGCUGACGCGCGUGAGCAACUGGCCACUCUACUACCUGUUCAGCUUCGGCACCGAGCUGGGCAACGAACUCUUCUACAUCAUCUUCUUCCCCUUCUGGAUCUGGAACCUCGACCCCCUGGUGGGCCGGAGGCUGGUGAUCAUCUGGGUGCUGGUCAUGUACCUGGGCCAGUGCACUAAGGACAUCAUCCGCUGGCCGCGGCCCGCCUCGCCGCCCGUCGUCAAGUUGGAGGUCUUCUACAACUCCGAGUACGGCAUGCCCUCCACACAUGCCAUGUCUGGCACAGCCAUCCCCAUCGCCAUGGUGCUGCUCACCUACGGCCGCUGGCAGUAUCCUCUUCUGUAUGGACUGAUUCUCAUUCCCUGCUGGAGUGCUCUAGUUUGUCUAAGUAGAGUCUACAUGGGAAUGCAUUCCAUCCUGGACGUUAUUGCUGGAUUCCUAUACGCCAUUUUAAUCUUAGCUGUCUUCUGUCCGUUUGUGGACCUGAUUGACAACUUCAACCAGACUUACAAGUACGCUCCAUUAAUCAUCAUUGGGCUUCACUUAGCUUUGGGCAUCUUUUCCUUCACUCUUGACACCUGGAGCACAUCCCGAGGAGACACAGCUGAGAUUCUGGGAAGUGGUGCUGGAGUUGCUUGCGGCUCUCACGUCACUUACAACAUGGGUCUAUUUUUGGAUCCUUCUCUAGACACACUGCCUUUAGCUAGGCCCCCCAUUACUGUCACUCUGUUUGGAAAAGCCAUAUUACGGGUCCUCAUAGGGUUGGUAUUUGUGCUAAUAGUGAGGGAUAUAAUGAAAAGGAUCACCAUUCCGUUAGCCUGUAAAAUCUUUAAUAUACCGUGUGACGACAUUCGCCGUGCACGGCAGCACAUGGAAGUGGAGCUUCCCUAUCGCUAUAUCACCUAUGGGAUGGUUGGUUUCUCCAUCACAUUUUUGAUUCCCUAUGUAUUUUCCUUCAUUGGUAUCUCUUGAUGGGGAAAUACUGUUUAUUAUAAGAAAAGAGGCUAUCAGUUACGUCUAAAAAUAUUCUCUAGCUAAAACUCAGAUCAGAGGCUUUUGCAAGAAUUUAAACUGAAAUAACUAAGUUAAUUCUUAGGAGUCGGUGCACUUUGUCAUUACACAUCCAGAUGUUUCAGAAGAGCUGAACUCUUUCAGUACUGAGAAAAAGUGCCCAUUUAGAAUGUGUACCAACUGUUUGGAGAGUUCUGUGCUGUUAUGAAGUAAAGUUAUAUAUAAUAUAUAUUUAGGUAAAGUUUUUAAGAACUCUUUGGGGUGUAUUAUAAAAUCAAUAAUAAUAUGCAAUUGUGCCUGUAUAUUCGGAAUUAAUACAGGUAUGUUGUUAACAAAUAGGUUUGACAUUUAUUUCCUAUGGGAGCCAUUUCCUAGUUGAAUUGAUAUUUACUAGAUAGCAUCCAUAUGCACCACAUACUGAUUUACUGCCUGUUUGUACACUGCCAUCACCUUUCAUGUUGACCCAUGGUGUUGAACAUGGGAGGCAUUUUUAAUGGACCAAAUUUUCAGGAAAAUUUGUUUUUUGGAUCUCUCUCCUUUUUUUAAGUUUUGUGCACUGUGUUGAAUGUACUUUUUUCCAACUGUAUUGAACAUCAGUUUAAUAAUUCAGGUACUGAAUUUUAUUGCUUGCUCUAAACUGUGCCUUUCUGUUGCUAAAUUAAGAGAUGCCAUGUAUACUGUGAUAUAAAAGUGAAACUCUAAUUCUAUCUUAAGUUAUAUGAGCAGGCAAAUAUUUUAAAAAUAUAUAUCAAACUAAUGGAGAUGGAAGUAAACUACCCUUAACUCUUUAAUCUUAGAAAGAAAUAUGGAGUGGCUAAAUUUUCUCACUAAUUUAUUGGAAAGUUAAAUGGAUAAAUAUUUCCAUUGUUGUAGGUAUUUUUCAGUGUAUUGUAAGUUAUAGGAACUAUAUAUAUUUUGUACAUUGUCUUGAUGGUUUAUACUGCAGGUUAAUAUUUCCAGUGAGUGGAAAUGUAGCUAAGAUUUAUAGAUGGGACAGUGCAUAUGCUUCCUAUGUAAACAAGCCAUUUUUCUAAUUAUUUGAAAAGGAUUGGAUUUCUCACUGUUAACUUUUAAUACCUACUGUUAGCAACCUAAGGUAAAUUAUAAGAUCCCAAAAGAAGUAUCAGUAGUUUAGAUUCUAUUAUUUUUCCAACUUUUUAUUAUUUUUACAAUGCAAAAUUUGGGUGUAGUCUCAAGUUUUUUUUUUUUUUUUUCUGUCUUUUGAAGUGUGAUUGUAACUAGGAUAGCAUGGCAUUCAUUUGUAGUAAGCUUUUCAUUAAAGAAGAGAACUUUCCAGAUAAAUGGGCAUCAAGUAUGGGGUGACUGAUUUCAGUGCAAUAUCUGUGGUUAUUCAGAGGUGAGAUGUUUCUAUUUUGGGCAGCAUAACUAUUUGAACUCAUAUUUUUAUAAUUCUGAUUGAGAAUUUAAGGACAUGGUAAUUUUUACCAAAAUUGAAUCUGAUCAUUUUAAGCAACUAAAUUUGGGCUCUUUCCCUACUAGAUCAGAAAGCAGGAUGCUUAGGAAAUGGGAAAGGGGAUUCUCUUUCAAAAGGUGUGGCUAGUAAAUUAAGCUUGAAGGAGUUUCCCCUGCACUUUGGGUCUGUUAUCAAUUCAUUUUUGUGUGUAGCUUUAAAAGUGUUUGAGAAUAAACUAUUUUCUUGUGUUUUGUUA